CUCUUUCUACCUUCCCUCAUGGCGCUGCAAUAACAUCAGCAACCCUCAGACAUGGAACCUCUUCUCUCCCGUCUAGCCAUCCAGGCCGCGCCACGAAUACCCCGGUCCAGCUUCACCCUCCGUCCGCACCGCCCAACCCUGUCACUCUCAUCAAGAACACCCCGCCUGUUCUCCACGACCAUCCCUCGUCUCCUCCCGAAAGAACGCAAAAUCUACGACACCAAAUCCGCACCCGACUCCUCCUUCUCCCGACCCGCCGCCGAGCUCUCCCACAAUGUCACCCAAGACGAGAAAGACCACUUCUCCCGCGUGGAGUCCGAGAGCAAACAGAUGCAAGCCCGAUCGCCAUGGACGCGCGAAGGGAGUGAUGUCCCACCCGUCCAUCGACCUCGCUCCGCCGGCGCCAUGACGAAGGGCAAGCUUCUCACUACACCAUCGCGCAUGUUGAAGCUCGUACUGCCACUCACCACGAGAGAUAAGAACGAGGACCGGAAAGAUGUGGAACCGUUGGCUCUACUGGUACAUCCUCAGCAACCUCUAUCUUAUUUGGAGAGGUUGAUACAGAGUGAGCUACCAUUCUUCUGGGAUGAGAAGAAGGGGAGGGAGAGGCCGCCGGAUGUGGUGUUCCGCGCGGAGGACUCCAUGGAAGACGAGACUGGGAAUGAUGUGGAGGACGUUGUAGUCGUGGAAGAGGAGACCGUAGACGACAACGCCGACGAAACAAUGGUAGACGGCAAGCGGGAGAAGACCGGCAAGAUCAGCGGCGGCGGCGGCGACAAGAAAGAAGUCGUCAGAAAGAAAAGGGAAGACCAAGUCGAGAAAGACGAGCGGACAGCCAAAGAUCCCGACCACGCCAACUUCGUCCGCUGGUCACCAUCCACCGAAAUCGGAGACUUCAUCCGAGACGCCGCGCGAGGCAAAGAGUUCGCCGUCGAGGUUGAAGGAGCUCCCGAACCAAUCUACGUCGGCGUCCCGUCCUUUUCCGACCGAACAUACUACCUCCGCAUGCGACUGAGGAAGAUCUCCAAGCGGAUAUCGAAUAUGGCAGAUGUCAAACAGGAGUGCGACGAGCUGGCUCAUCGUGGAGCUAAGCAGGUCGCGCGACUGGGCUUUGGGGGUCUUCUUGGGUGGUGGGGAGCUGUUUACUAUUGCACGUUCUUGACGGACUUGGGAUGGGAUGUGAUGGAGCCGAACACACUGUACAAAGCGAAAGGAUUCGACUUGGCUUCAUGGGAGAUGCUGAUCGAAGAGGGAAAUCGGCUGCGGAGGGAGGUGAAGCUCGUUGCAGAGGAGUACGACGUCGAGUGGGACGAGAUGAAGGACGAGGGCGAAGAAAAGGUCAGGAAAGCACUGCAGAGUGAGAGGAAGAAGGCGGCAGGCGGGAAAGAUAAAGCGAAAGAGAAGGACGACGACGAUGAGAAGGACGAUUAGCAUGAACUCCCGAGAGUCUGGCGGCAUCAACUGGCAUCAUGGUGAGCAUGUUGGGGAUUUCCUGCAUCGAGUGCGCAUACCCUAUCGGCGGUCAGCAGCAUCAAUAUCUCUUGAACCUACCACAUUUUCAGAGAUGACUUCAAACUCGCAGGUCGGUUUAUGCUCACCAUUGUGCGCUUGUGGGCUGCGGAACGAUUGUAUUCUUGCAGCUUCUUCAUACUCAUCACAGCUUCGCAAGAGCACUCGACGGCAAGACGGCUUCAUUGCAUACAUCUCGCCCUUGCAGCGCUCGUCCGGUCGACAAGCCGCAAUGGGAACCGAAUCGAUACGACAUCCAGAUGAUCGCUGACUUGGAGUCCAACUUGGUCGGAGACUCUGGCUGCUUUUGGAAGUUUGCCG